GGGAAGGGGGAAGAGGAGCAGUUUGCCCCCGGGCAUGCGGUGUGGUGCGCUCGCUGACACAUGCAUUCAUUCAUUGCACACAGUGUGGUUCCGGCACAAGUAAUAAGGGUUACCUAUCGAUCAGCAAGCAGCGUUAGUCAGCCCAUGCAUGUACACAGGUGUCAGCACACAUACGCACACAUACAUGUACACAUGCAUACAUACACAGACCAUCACAAUCGGUACAUCACAAUUGAGGCAGACGGCACGGCGAGUGCGAUGUCUCAUAUUGAAAGACAGACCACGCACACGAGUACGUGAUGCCAGAGCUGUACAGACAGACAGACAGACAGACAGACAGACAGACAGGUGAGUGGCCACGGUGGAAAGUGGAGUGUGUGGUGGAUGGCUACCUAUGCAUGUGGUGAGUGAUCAUGAGAGGGUGUCUCUCCCGUCCCGUCCCCUCCCUCCCUCCUCGCUGCAUCCCUCCCUGUAUCCCACCAAGUCGCCAUGGAUGCAAGCAAGCAAUCACGCCCUCCAAAACGCGAGAGAGGCAGCACGCCAUACAUACGCCCUCGGCUAUCCCUUCCUGGCCGCCCAGCCAGACAAAACUCGCCCGCGCAGCUUGCGGCUCUCCACCGAGAGAACGGCCAGCUGUACACUCACUGACUGACUCACCGACUGACUGACUGACUCGCUCACUCAUCCAUUCAUUGAAGGAAUGAUCUCUCUUUCUCUCUCUCUCUGUCUCUGUCUCUGUGAGUGUGUGCGUGUGUGUGUUCUGUUCUGUUCUGUUCCGUCCUGUCCUUCGUCCGCCUUCGCCUCGCAUAAACUCCCCAGCCGACGACAAGCGAUGACAGGCGACGAAAGCUGGUCGGUGACACCGAAAAAGUCCGUCAUUGCAUCUCUCCCUGUCUGUCUGUCUGCCUGCCUCUCUCUCUUUCAUUCAUUUCUCCAUCUUUCCUUCUCUUCCGCACACUGUCGUUUGCGAUGACCAAGCGCGUAAUGACGAUGUCACAUCACGCAAGACACAAAUCUCUAUCAAUCAGGCAACGGUGGCAUCAAGUGUGUCGAGCUCGUGUCUCGAGAAGAGCCGCGGCAACACGACGGCCCGAAUGACCAUCAACGCGCCGAUCACCGAGGGGAAGAACAGCGCCGUCGACCGCACAGACCUGCACAAAGCCACGCGCACACAGAGAGAGAGGGAGAUGGGUAUGGUUGCCUGGCGUGACGUGUCUUUCCCGUCUCUCUCUGGCUUGGGUACUUGAGCGUGAAAAGGCCAGCGAGGCACGCGAGCUGCACGGCGGUGUAUUUGAUGACGACCGAGCGGGGCAGCUGGCGGAACUUGCUCUCGAAGGGCAGCAGCUCGCGGUCCGCAAAGGUGUCGCCGAUCCGAUACAGAAAGUCAUUCCCUGCACACACACAAGUGGGUGGCAUGGGACGCCGUCUGUGCUGUAUCUAUUCGGCGUGUUUGUUGCUGCCCACCUGUCAUGACUUUCCUCCCGAGGUAGAGGAAUAUGCCGCUGACGACCGACAUGGGGAUGUUCCGCAACACCGACAGCAAACCCACACUAAACGAAUCCACCGGUGCACCAGACAGACACACAAGACGACAAGAUGUGCACAUGUAGGCAAGGAGAGAGCAUGCUUCCAUCCACAUGGAUGCCGGCCAUCCCCCUCCCUCCCUCCCUCCCUCCCUCCCUCCCCGCUCACCUGAAGAGGAUGCAUGCGUGUGUCAUGAACCCCGUGAGUCGGUUCUCGGUCACACUGGCGAUCUUCAUGUCGCCGCUCUGCAGCUGCUGGGGGAUCUUGUACGACCGCGGCCGCGGCACGUACACCUGGUUCAGGCCGUCUUUGGGCUCUAUGUAUGCCGGCGCCACAACGGCCGACACAGUGGGGGACGUGACGCCAGAUGGCGUGCCGCCCCCCGGGACGCCCGGCAUCUUGACCAUCUUGAGGGCCGCCGAGCCCGCUGCUAUGGCGGGGGGCGAAGAGGCCGGCGCUGAGGCGACCGACGAUGUGCCAGUCGCAGAGGGGGAGGGAAUGGGGGCGGGAGGCUCAUCGGAGAGAGAGGGGGGAGGUGGGGGUGGCGGGGGAGAGGCCUCCUGCGAGGCGGAUGCUGACGAUGACUGGGUGCCAUCGGUAGGGCCUGAGGCAGCGCUGCUGCCGCCGGUGGUGGUGGUGCUGGUGAUAGUGGUGGUUGUGCUCCCAUUCGGAGCACCUGGUGGUGUGUCUGUUGGUGGGACGUCGGUGCUGGUGGGCUCCUUGCUGGUGUCUUCUUUGUCAGCUGGCUUCUCCCCGUUGGGAACAUACGUCGCCAUCGCACGCACGUGGGCCAGGCUCUGAGAUGAAAGAAAUGAUGAGUUAGAGAGAGAGAGGGAUUGCGUUGCAGAGGGUGAUUGUGUGGCUCACUGAUACGUUCUGAUGCCCCUUACCUGCACUGUGGCGGCGCACAUCCAUGGCAGGCCCAGGAUGGAGAGCACACCCGUCACGGCACCGAGGGCAAACAGGUCCUGAUUGUACGCCACCUGGUAGACGGACAGACACACACGGACAUACAGGCAAGGAGGGAGGGAGGGAGGGAACCGCAACGCGGUUUCCACGCUUGUGCGUGUCCUCGUGUCCUGUCCUGUCUCGUGUGUGUGUGUGUGGUGCACCCACCCCCUUUUUCAUUUGGUUUCUGGGCGAGUUGACCACCCGGAUCGAAAUGUUAUGAUCCAGGAAGAACAGAGCCGUCAGCAAAAUGGCCGGCAGAAUCGCAAUCUACAACACAAGACAAGACACCGUUGCAUGCAUUUGUGCUGUGGCCUGCCUGCUGCUGUGCGUGUGCAUCGAUCGACCUACCAGUCGCAGGUAGAGCGGGACGUCGAGUAUCCUGACGAGCCAGGGGCGGUUGUUGGCCAGCUGGAAGCUCAGAGGCACCUUCAGAAACUCGAUGCUCCUGAGAAAGCAGAGCACUCACACACCGUUCACAGCCGUGUCACACACGGAUGGCAGGCCUCCUUCCUCUCCUUGUGUUCCUGCAUGGAUGCCUCUGACUAACCUGAAGAGUGGCAAUGUGGCAACGAGGCUCAUGGAGAUAAUGGUGAGGACGGGACCAAAGUCGGACAGAAUCGCCCGGAUGUUCUUGUUGAAGAACCGCCACCGAUAAGACAGAGACAGCCUGAUGGAUGGAUGGAUGAGUGGAUGGAUGGACAGCAGAGAGGGACAGAGGGAGAGAGGGAGGGAGGGAGGCGUGAUUCCCACCCAGACCAGCAAUGCGAGCGAUCCAUCUGACUGUCUCGCUGGCUGGCUGGCUGGCUGUCAACACACACGCUCUGACCGACCGUCUUGCAAGGAAGUAUGUGGCGAGGGCCACGUUGAGUGACAGCAAGGGGCCCGUCUUGUCGAGGCCCGAACGCAUGAAGUUCCCCAGCAAAGACGCCGCCGCCUCGUACACGAAGUUGCAGGCCAACAGGGCGUUGAAGACGUCGUCUGACACGGGUGCACAUCACAUGCAUCUUUGUGUGUGCGUAGGUGUGUGUGUGCGUGGCUGGGCUGGGCUGUAGGUUCUUGGCCAGCUCAGCUCACCUACCUGUGAAUUGUGUGCAGUACUUGAUGAGUUCUGGCGCGCCUGCGACGGCCAGCAGCAUCAGCCAGAGUGACGUCCAGAGGCCCGUCCACGAGUAGAGCGGCAUGAACGGCAGAGACCACUGCCGACAAAACGCAUACAGCGCUGCACACACACACACACACACACACAGAUGCAUAUGCCCACAUCUGUCUGUCUGUCUGUCUGUCUGUCUGUGUACUUGCGUGCGCGUCUGUCUGUCUACCAGUGGUGAAGGCCAGUGUGAGUCCGGUGGGUCCGAUGAAAGUCAUAGGCUGUCCACUGAACACCGAGUAAGCCAUGCCGCCACACCCACACGCCACCAGGAACUCAGGCACCCCCAUGCUGCCCCCAGUGAUGCUUGCAGCAAUGCCGCCGAAGGCCACAGCAGGCGCCAGACACGCGAAGUACAUAAACAGCACCGCGGGGAUGGACUUGGGCCGCAGGCCGUCCAGCCAGUCUGACUUGUAAAAGGGCCUCCGCCGGGCGAUGUCUUGACGCAGCCCCUUGAACCAGCUGAUCCGCGGAGGGAUGGUGGUGUUGUGCAACAGCGACUGCAGCUCUCCCAUCAUCUCAGAACUGGUUGGCACGUGAGCCUUGGAGGCCGCCUCCUCCUCCUGUGUCGCAUUGCCGGCAGCACUGGCCGUGGCGUUGCCGUCAGCCAGAGAUGGGACCGCCAGAGUGCCGCUGGUACUGGUGCCGCUGCCGCUGCCGGCAGUGAAGCUCGCCGGCACUGCCGCGGGGUCUGGUCCAGUGGGUGCAUUCAUCAUUGCGGUCACAUCUAAUCGAGGGAAGGGCGGCGGCGAGUGGUGGUCGGGUGCAAAGGGAGGAGGUGGGGCGAUGACUGACUGCAACACCGACAGAUGAUUGUGCCGUCGUAGCAAGUGGGCAGAUGGCAGCGGAGCCGAUUGAGGGGCGAAGCCGACCGUCCUCCUGAGGGCAGCACUGGCAGUCAGCUUCGGUGGCUGGGACAGCCAUGGUGGCGCGUCGCUGAGGCAGCCUGGCAGCAGAGCGGCGCUCGAGCAGAUCAUCAGGGACACACAGACAAUCCUCCUCUUCUGUUUCCGUCGUCGUGGUUGGCUCCGUCUGUGUGGCGCCUGCAUACUUCCUUUCCC